AUGACUAAGGGCAAAUGCAAAAGUGUUUACCAGUCUGUUCUGCAGUACUGCCGGCAGCCCGCACGCUCGGACAGAAUGACAGCAAAUACAGUUGGGAAGGAGAAGAUGGAGAUUGGAUGUUCGCCCCAGCUGCUACGGCACGGGGAGCACAGGCCUGCGGUGGAAACGCUCACGGGUGGAAGCCAAACCGCGGUGACCCCCCCCGCCCCUUCCCUGACAACACCCCCCCCGACCCUCCACGGCCCAGCCGGGCGCGGGGGGGGGGGGGGGAAAGGUCGCGGCGCGGCUACUGCGCAUGCCCGCACGCAGCACCACCCCGCCACUGCGCCUGCGCGGCGCUGCCUGGCGCCCGGCGGUGAGGUGGGGGGGGGGAAGCGGGGGCAGGGCUCUCUCCCGGUUCCGCCCCACCGACGUGCGCGGGCCGGGCGCGGAGGGGGAGAAAUGGCAACUCUGGUCCCUGCGACGGUUUCUUCUUCUCCCGCCGGCGCCCCAUCCCGGAGCAAGAAGCGCCCGGCGAGCCCGGGCACCGGCAGCGGCCCCGCUAAGAAAAAGAAAGCGACGACACCGGGCGGCUCGCAGAGUGCAAGUGGAGAGGCCAUGAAUGAAAACAAAUUUCUGAACACAGACUGCAGCACAGGGUCAGUGGAAACAACAAUCAAGCCGUUACCAUUUAAAGAUCCAAACUUCAUCCACUCCGGCAUUGGUGGAGCAGCAGCUGGCAAGAAGAACAGAACUUGGAAGAACCUAAAACAAAUUCUUGCUGCUGAAAGGGCAUUGCCAUGGCAACUAAAUGAUCCUAGCUAUUUUAAUAUCGAUGCUCCUCCUUCCUUUAAGCCUGCCAAGAAAUACUCAGACAUUUCAGGACUUCCGGCAAAUUACACAGAUCCCCAGAGCAAGCUAAGAUUUAGCACUAUUGAAGAAUUUGCCUAUAUUCGGAUGCUCCCUUCAGAUGUGGUUACAGGAUACCUGGCUCUAAGGAAAGCAACAAGUAUUGUUUCCUGAAAAGACCAGAUAUUGUUGUAUAUUGCUCGUGAACAGCGCUGAUUUUGAGAACCAUGAUGGAAACUGACUGCAGGACUGAGGUUCCUUAAAACUAUUCAUGGAUUUUUACAUCUGGAAGUAGUUGAUGAUACAUGGAUUUGAAGAACACAUGGAUUUAAUUUUGAUAAAUGCUGAUAUUUGUUAGUUUGACAAUUUGUAAGUAAUUUGGUUUGGUGAACAGAAUAGCUUAGACUUUAAAGAUAUGUAUCUGCACCAUAAUGUCUGAGUUACAUUAAUUUCUGUAGAGACAGGGUUUCAUCUCUACACUGUGUAUUUUAUGUACUGCUCUGGCUCAGAAGAAACAGUCAUUUGAAUUAAGGACAAGGUACCGAGAUAUCCCAGCUUCUAAACCUGCCUUGCCAGAUGCACUUGCAACUUGCCUAUGAAGAAGUUUGUCCCAGCUGUAAAAUGAAGCUAAAAUACCUGGCAAGUGCUGCUAUUGUGAUGACUGUUUCUGGUACUGAGCGCUGUGGAAAUGAACAGCUUCACACAAAUAUUUGCACUGAAGAACUAUCAGCAUAAAUAAAGUUGGACUCAAGCUUGUUUUUAAAA